AUGGACCCUUCGGUACCGCGCUCGAAACGACUGUUGAGCGACGAGAGGUCGAACAUCUUCGUGUACAUGACGGGCCACGGUGGGAAUGAAUUCCUCAAGUUCCAAGACAACGAAGAGAUCAGUGCAUUUGACGUCGCAGAUGCAUUCGAGCAAAUGUACCAAAAGAAACGGUACAAUGAGAUUUUCUUCAUGAUUGAUACGUGCCAGGCCUUGAACACCAUGUUCUCGAAACUGUACUCGCCCAAUAUCCUCGCGACUGGGUCGUCUGGGCUGGGCGAGAAUUCAUACUCUCACGCCAAUGAUAACGACAUCGGUGUGGCGGUCAUCGACGCAUUCACACACUAUGUGCUGGAGUUCAUGGAGAAAAUCAAUAAGACGAGCACGGUAUCCAUGCAGGAGCUUUUCAACUCUAUCGAUGUGACGAAGAUUAACUCUCAUCCGGGUGUGCGCAGCGAUCUGUUCUCGCGGCCACUAGACAAGACGCGCAUCACCAAUUUUUUUGGUGGCGUGGCGCAGGUGGAAAUCGUGCCUCCAGUCGAACCCUCAGUCGACCAGAACACCUCGGAGGAAGGACCGGAACAAGAACACGAAGCAACGCCCCAUCCACCUAUGAGACCCGCGAAGAGUCAGAACAGGGUCAAAUCAUGGCUCAAGGAGGGGAAGACUCUCCGAGCAUGGGCGUCGGUUUCGCUCCUCGGAGUCGUGGCAGGAUGGGUUCUGUCCAAAAAGUAG